AAUAUGGUUCGUGCAGCACCACAACACUCAACUUUGUGGUGUAGUAAGAAUAUGGCUCCUCAUUUCUCUUCCUUUUCUUCAUCAUUAUUGAUAUUGCUCUUGGGUUUUAUAGUUUACAAAGCUGAUGCAACAGUACUCAGUGCUCAGCUUCACGUUGAUCUCAAAACUCUCCAGCCCAGAGAUUCUUGUUCGCCUUCAGUCAAAGGAGCAGGAGUCAGCUCCGGGAGCAACGGGACAAGCCUUCGCGUGGUUCACCGGCACGGCCCGUGCUCGCCGUUCGCCGGCCAACAGAAGCCGCUCUCCCAUGCUAAAAUCCUCGACCUGGACCAAGCCCGCGUUGACGACAUCCACCGCCGCGUCUCUCAGCACUCCAAGCCGCUAGCCGACUCCGCCGUUAAACUACCUGCCUCCAGCGGCGAAUACCUCGGCAUCGGCAACUAUGUCGUCACAGUCGGAUUCGGCACCCCAAAGAAGGACCAGAUCGUGAUCUUCGACACCGGAAGCAGCGUCUCUUGGAUCCAGUGCGAGCCCUGCGUCGUGUACUGCUACGAACAAGAAGCUCCCCUGUUCGACCCCUCCCUCUCUUCCACCUACGCCAACAUCUCCUGCGACUCCUCGUUCUGCGACGAGCUCGGCCAGUCCGGAUGCUCCGACUCCAACUGCGUCUACUACGUCCAAUACGGCGACAACUCGUCCACCCUCGGCUUCUACGCGCAGGACACGCUCACUCUCUCCUCCGUUGACAGCAUCCCCGGAUUCCGCUUCGGAUGCGGCCAGAGAAACACGGGCCUUUUUCACGGAAAUGACGGGCUCCUCGGCCUAGGCCGCGACAAGCCGUCCAUCGUAUCACAGACGUACACCCAGUACGGCGGCGUCUUCUCGUACUGCUUGCCACUCACCUCCAGCUCCGUCGGCUACCUGACCUUCGGUAGCUACCCCGCCGGCAAUCUCAUGCUCACGCCGAUGCUCUCCAAUCCAAGUUACCCUACGUUCUACUACCUUGAAUUGACAGGCAUCAGCGUGGGCGGACAACUGCUCUCGGUGCCUCCCUCUAUUUUCGACAACAGCGGAACUUUCAUCGACUCCGGCACGGUGAUCACACGGCUUCCGGACACGGCAUACUCUGCACUCAGGUCAGCCUUCCGGCAGGGAAUGACAGCAUACAAGUCCGUACCAGGGCCUGGACUACUAGACACGUGCUACGACUUCAGUGGCUCCGGCGGCCAAGCGAACAUCCCGACGGUGGCGCUACACCUGGGCGGUGGGGCUACCAUCAACCUGGAGGCGGCCGGAAUUCUCUACACGUUGAGCUCAUCGCAAGUGUGCCUCGCUUUCGCUGGCAAUGGAGACGACACCCGCAUGGGUAUCCUGGGGAAUACUCAACAGAAAGGCUUCAAUGUGCUCUACGAUAUCAACAAACGAGUUCUUGGGUUCGGCCCUGGAGGUUGCAGUUAGAUUAUAUUGUAUCAAAUCCAUGUCCUGGCAACGUAAUGUCCUACUAUGUCUAAAUCUAAUGGGUAUUUAAGGAAUAAUGACUGGAUGAUCCAGUGUUUUCUAGCAA